AACUCGCUGCCACGUCGGUCCAAUCCAAAUCCAGCACCUCUCUCCGGCUCCGCUCCGCAUCGCACCCUAUCCUCCUUCGGUCCUUCCCAUUCCCAGUCCCCACCACUCCCCCUCUCCCACCUCCGACCACCGCACCGGCGAACUCGGCGGCGCCGCAAGCCAAGCUGGGGAUGGCCGGCGCGCUCGCGAGCUCGCCGCUCGUUCACCUAACCACCUCCCGCCUCCGCCUCCCCAGGCCCCGGGCCUCCGUGCCCAGUCCCGCUCCAGGCUGCUCGCGAGGCGUGUGCUCGGGGUGGAGGCUGACGGUGGGGUGGAGGGCCGCGAGGCGGUGCGACAGGCUUCGGUGCUUCUCCAACGACGGGGGCGGCGGGGAGGAGGGGGAGAAGCGGACCGAGGAGGAGGCCUCGGCGGCGGCGGCCCCAGCGGAGGAGCUGGGGUCCGAGCGGAGCCGGUCGGGGAGCUUUUCUUCAUCAUCCUCGUCGUCCGGGACUCCUGGUGUGUCAAGCGAGCCAUCACUGUUGAGUUUCAGUGUUGAUAAUAUCGAUACAGUUAAACUGUUGGAACUUCUAGGCCCUGAAAAGGUUGAUCUAGCUGAUGUCAAGGCAAUUAAGGAAAACCUCUUUGGCUACACAACAUUCUGGUUGACAAAAGAAGAACCUUUUGGUGAUCUUGGUGAAGGAGUUCUUUUCAUUGGGAAUCUCCGCGGGAAGAGAGAGGAAAUCUUUGCAAAACUUCAACGACAACUACGUGAACUUACUGGUGACAAAUACAAUCUUUUUAUGGUGGAGGAACCAAAUUCAGAAGGGGACGACCCACGUGGGGGACCGCGUGUUAGUUUUGGUUUGCUUAGGAAGGAAGUUUCUGAGCCUGGACCAACUACCCUAUGGCAAUACGUCAUUUCACUAUUACUUUUCCUUCUCACUAUGUUCUCCUGCGUUGAGCUAGGAAUUGCAUCAAAGAUUAGCAGUCUUCCACCAGAAAUUGUUUCAUAUUUCACUGAUCCAAAUGCUACCGGACCCCCUCCCGAUAUGCAGCUUUUGCUUCCAUUUGUGGAAUCGGCUUUGCCAGUGGCUUAUGGUGUCUUGGCUAUCCAAAUAUUUCAUGAAAUUGGACACUUUUUGGCAGCAUUUCCAAAAAAUGUUAAACUGAGCAUUCCUUUCUUCAUUCCGAACUUCACACUCGGCACUUUUGGUGCAAUUACUCAGUUCAAGUCCAUUCUGCCGGAUAAGAAGACAAUGUUUGACAUAUCAAUGGCUGGUCCUGUGGCUGGAGCUGCACUUUCCUUUUCAAUGUUCUUUGUAGGCUUGUUACUCUCUUCAAAUCCUGUUGGGGCAAGUGAUUUAGUUGAAGUACCUAGCCAGUUAUUCCAGGGUUCCUUGCUGCUUGGGCUUAUUAGCAGAGCAACACUUGGAUACAGAGCUAUGCAUGCUGCUACGGUUUCGAUCCAUCCUCUUGUGAUUGCAGGCUGGUGUGGUUUAACUACAAGUGCAUUUAAUAUGCUUCCUGUUGGAUGUCUUGAUGGUGGAAGAGCAUUACAGGGGGCUUUUGGGAAGGAGGCUUUGUUUGGAUUUGGCCUCACAACAUACUCAUUGCUUGGACUAGGAGUGCUUGGAGGACCAUUAUCUCUUCCUUGGGGCCUAUACGUGCUAAUAUGUCAGAGAACACCUGAGAAACCAUGCUUGAACGACGUGAGCGAUGUUGGAACCUGGAGGAGGGCAGCCUUGAUAGCUUCAGUGUUUCUUGUUGUAUUGACUCUCAUUCCAUUGUGGGAUGAACUUGCGGAGGACCUAGGUGGGUACUCGCUCGCCAAGGGUAUGGGCGUGGGGAGGCACAUCGCCAGCGAGACCUUCACGGUGGGCGGGUACCAGUGGGCGAUCUACUUCUACCCCGACGGGAAGAACCCCGAGGACAACUCCGCCUACGUCUCCGUCUUCAUCGCCCUCGCGUCCGAGGGCACCGACGUGCGCGCGCUCUUCGAGCUCACGCUCCUCGACCAGAGCGGCAAGGGCAAGCACAAGGUGCACUCCCACUUCGACCGCUCCCUCGAGUCUGGGCCGUACACCCUCAAGUACCGCGGAUCCAUGUGGGGCUAUAAAAGGUUCUUUCGGCGUACUGCUCUUGAGACAUCAGAUUUUCUUAAAGAUGAUUGCUUGAAGAUAAACUGUACUGUGGGUGUUGUAGUAUCAACUAUGGAUUAUUCUAGACCACACUCGAUUGAGGUUCCAGAGUCUGACAUAGGCUAUCAUUUUGGAACGCUUUUGGACAAUCAGGAAGGUGUAGAUGUUAUUUUUAGUGUAGCAGGAGAGAAGUUUCAUGCCCAUAAGUUGGUAUUGGCUGCCCGAUCUUCCUUUUUUAGGUCUGAAUUUUUCGAUCAUGAAUCAGAUGAAGAAAAGAAUGAAGCUGAUACGAGGAAUGAAAUCAAAGAGAUUGUCAUUGAUGACAUGGAUCCUAAAGUGUUCAAGGCUGUGCUUCAUUUUAUCUACAGGGACAAUCUUGUUAAUGAUGAUGAGUUGUCCGCAUCAAGCUCCCACGGCUCUGUUUUUGAUACUUUAGCUGGGAAGUUAAUGGCUGCAGCAGACAAAUAUGAGUUGCCAAGGCUAAGAUUGUUGUGUGAAUCUUACUUGUGCAAACAUAUUUCUGUAAACUCUGUGUCAACUACUCUAGCAUUGGCUGAUCGGCACCAUGCUAUGGAGCUUAAAUCUGUUUGCCUGAAAUUUGCUGCUGAAAACCUUUCAGCUGUGAUCCGGAGCGAGGGGUAUGAUUACCUCAAAGACAACUGCCCAGCGCUGCAGUCGGAGAUACUGCGGACACUUGCCGGAUGCGAGGAGCAAUGUAGCAGCGGCGGGAAAAGCCAGAGCGUGUGGGCGCAACUCUCUGACGGUGGCGACACCAGCGGGCGCAGGGUGAGGCCGAGGGUCUGAGACGUCACCAGCUCACCGCCGUGAGCACUGACCUGGGUAAUCGAAGCUGUAGUGUACAUGUGGACAGGCACCGUACAGCUAUUUGAUUUGUGACAACCUUUGGAAUAAUAUGAUUAGCAUCUGCUUGUUGCGUCC